GCGGGCUGGAAGAGACAGGAAGGUUGGACAGAGACCGAUCGGAGAGGCAGAGGGUCACUUGCAGGAAGAGAGAGAGAGGACGGGAGGGAAGGCGGCAGCUGGUUGUAAGAGAGGCAUACGGGAGCUGGUGGGAGAGAGGGAAGUCGGAAGGGAGGGGCUUAGGACAGGCGGGGAGGAGAGAGGAAACGGGCACGUGGGCGAGCGAGAGACAGAGUAGCGAUUGCCCCUCUCUCGCCCACGUGGACUAAGUAAUUAGCUGGUAAGAAGGAACUAAGAGGAAAUGUGCUAGUGUGUGUGUGGGGGGGAGAGAGAGAGAGAGAGAGAGAGAGAGAGAGAGAGAGAGAGAGAGAGAGAGGAGGCUUUGGGAGAUUUCAUCGGCUAGUAUAGCGAGGAAGUGGUAAUCGGAUUUGUCUUAAAACUCUUUCCCGCUCCCUGCUCUCCCCCCCCUUUGUUGAAGUGGAUGGGUUUUGGUAGGAGCUUUUGGGCCAAUUAAUUAUUAGACUAUUUCGUGUUCAUUGACAUAGUAAACACACACAUCAGGUAGGAUUUUCGAAAGGGCUCUCAUGUAGGCAAUCUUCUACGUGUAAACGUCGAUUCACCGAAGGAAGCCCUUCGUUUCCCUAUCAACAAAUCUUCUCUCUCCUUAGUUUCUAUCGUACACACGAGCUCUUGGAGAGAGAGAGAGAGAGAGAGAGAGAGAGAGAGAGAGAGAGAGAGAGAGAGAGAGAGAGAGAGAGAGAGAGAAGCUGAUUACUUUUCCAGACGUCCUAGCGUGCUCUCACAAUAGUAGACGGACGACGCAUACACACACACACACACACACACAGACACACACACAGAGANACACACACACACACACACACACAGACACACACACAGAGAGAGAGAGAGAGAGAGAGAGAGAGAGAGAGAGAGAGAGAGAGAGAGAGAGAAUUAUUGGAGGCGAAGAGGUAGUCAACCUGUGUCACGACUGUGGCAAGUUGUUGAAGUUGCUGGAAAGAUUGCGUUGUUUAGAAUGGGGGGAAAGGACGUUGGGAAUGGGGAUGGGCUCCGGACGCCGCUGCUUACACCUCUCCGCCUACGGAAGGUGGACAUGAUAUUCCGCAAUUUCGACAAGGAUGCCAACGGCUUCCUUGACAGGGAGGAGAUGGCCAAUUUGGUGAUCGCAGUGAAUCCGCGUGUCACGUUUACUGCAGAACAGAUCAACGCGAUUUUGGAGGAAGUUUUCCGAACUUACGCUAAGUACAUAGACACUGCUCGCGGUCUGACGAUUCAGGGAUUGCGGCAGACAUACGCGGAUGGCGCGGGGGAUGUGGAUAGAGAUUUCAGCGCGCUGGGUUACUCGCUAGACAGUGAAGGGGGCGGACCUGGAACGGAGAAAUCCAUCGUGAUACCUAUCACCCCAGUGACGACAGCACCUCCCACUCCCAUGGCAAGAUCUCCACCGCCGGCGAGGGCUCCUGCAGGUCGUCCUCGCUCCCCCACGGGGGGUGUACCAGGUGCCUUCGACGUUGCUGACGCCAGGCGCGGUCCUUUCGCUCCUCCUCCCUCUGUUACCUCCUCCAGACCCCCUGGAUCUCUCGGCAGGCCUGGUCCCUUCCCCGCUUACACGGACAUUUCAACCAGGUCUUCUAUUCGAGGGGGAUCGGAGAGAGAGAGAGACGAGAGCGGUAUUCUCUCUAAUGCCUCGAGUGCGGACGGGAUUGUCUUUGCCAACACGCACGUGCUUCUGAGCGAUCUCGACAGAAUCUUGACGAAGGAAGAUGAGGCGAAUUGGAGGGCUCCAGGGGCUGGAGCAGGUGGUGGUCCAGGGUCGGCAGGGGAGGAACCUGCUGAGGAGGAGCUUGGCCCGGAGGGAGGUAGCGGCAAGAAUGUGUCGGCGGUGUCGAAGGAGGUGACGGAGUUACAGAGUAAGAUAGACAAGAUUCCCAGCUCAGAGGAGGCAUUCGAGGCGCACAUGGAGAUAGGGAAAGUGCUGGCAGACAGGUCAAAAUUCAGGGAGGCGCUUGUGAGCUUCACGAAGGCGGCGCAGUUGAAACCGACGAAUGUGAAAGCGCAUUUCCGAUGUGGAAACGUGUUGUACAGAAUGAAGAAUUAUGGGAAGGCGCGGGAAUCGUACGAGAAGGGUAUUGAGGUGGGGAAGGCCAAUCCGAUGAUAUACACGUCGGUGAUGCCGCAGCUGCACGUGAAUCUUGGGAUCACGCUGGAGGCAGAGGGGAUGCUGUUGUGCGCGUGCGAUCAUUACCGCGAGGCGGCGAUCUUAAACACACAACAUUUCCGGGCUCUGAAGCUCUUGGGAAGUGCGCUUUUCGGUGUGGGGGAACUGGACAAGGCGGAGCAAGCUCUGGAACACGCCAUCUACCUGAGGCCGAGCUACGCUGACGCGCACUGUGACUAUGGCUCUACCCUUCAUGCGCUUGGAGAAGACGAGAAGGCCAAGAGGAUGUUCAAGAGGGCACUGGAGUUGUUCCCUGAGCACGCGAAUGCGCUGUACAACUACGCUGGAUUGCUGAGAGACAUGGGAGAGUUCGCGGAGGCCGUGAGCAUCUACGACCGGAUCUUGAAACUGGAACCCAAGAAUUGGCGCGCAAUGCUGAACAAGGCGGUCGCCCUGCUCGGAGACAAGCAGCAUGAGGAGGCGAAGCUGGCGCUGAAGGAUGCGUUCAAGAUCACCAAUCGCGUUGAGCUCUACGAUGCAAUACGCCAUUUGAAAAGGAUUUCUAGGAAGAACAAGCAGCUGAGCUCUGCUCUGGAGAGCCUGCCGGAGCAAGCGACGCCUGGUCGGGACGGAGAGCUGGCGUACGGUGGUCAGGCUUUGGUGGUCGAGCUGCACAGGUUCCAGCGCUAUUCCCAGAAGAUGACGUCGCCGAAGACGAUGGCGGAGGCGCUGGAAGUGCGCGCGUUCCAGCGCCACACGCGCGUGUGCCGUUUCGACGUGACGAAGCUCCGCGCGGAGGUGAAGGACGGGCCCGGGAUCCCGGCGGACAAAAAGGUGAGGAAGGCGGUGGUGGAGAGAAUCAUGCGCAAGCUGCUGCAUUUCUUGUCGGCGGAGACCUUCCAGGGCGCCAUGAGGGCGAUGAACGAGAGGGUGCUGAGUGUGCUGGAGACGAAGCGCAACGGUAUGGUAGAUCUUGCGCUGUUCUUCGCGCUGAUUGCGCCGCUGUGCGGCGGAGAUGUGGAUGAGCGCAAGAGGGUGGCGUUUCAAGCCCUGGUGUGGGCGUCGGACAAGACGUCCGGAGAGAUAAGCGAGCGGGACGCGUUCAAGUACUUCAAAGUGCUGCGCACCGUGUACCUGCCACCGAAGAACGAGUCGUCUCUUCUGAGGCAGGAGCAGGAGGAGGAGGAAGAGGAGUUGGUCGCGGCGACGAGGGGAGGUGCGCGCGCUGCCGGCGGAACGAUGUCCUUCCGCGAGUUCAAGGAGGUGUUCAAUGAUCCGGUCAAAGGCUUCGACUUGCUGGAGACUGUGUUGAUGCUUGAGCAGCGCGACCGGAUCAGACAUAGCGGAUUGGCGUGCGCCGUCUGUGCAUAUACCCUAGUGGGCCUUCGGUACAAGGAGGUAAACGUCGGGUUUUCUCUCUGUUCGCUGUGCUAUGGUGAGGGGAAAGUUCCGCAAGAGUUCAAGAGAGAGACCUACGUCUUCAAAGAGAUGAAGGCAGAGAACCGACUCUUCCCGGAAAGGUUCAGCAGAUUCGUUAGUAGUGGCGGCGCUAGGAGUCCUACCUCCCAACCGGCAUCCCCUUCCUCAGCGGGCCAACAGCAGCAGCAGCAGCAGCAGCAAGACAAACGGCCUAGCACAGUCGCAGCGCAUUGAUUUGUUUUCGUCGACGGAUUGAUUGAUUGAUUGAUUGUCGACUGAUCUUUCGAUCAAGUCGAUUCACUAAUGAUUGAUAUGGUUUGACUGCUCGAUCGAGCGAUCGAGAAGAAGCGCGCGUCGUUUAUGGGAUUGUUGAUUUGUGGUUACGUUCGUUGUACCUCUUUCGACUCUUUUCCUUCUCCUCUCCACUCCUCUCUGUCUCUCAUUUACACAUCUUUGUUUUUUUUUUUUCUAUAAUGUUUCUUUGAAUUAUUCACAGCAAUAUUCACAAUGUGACAAUAUAUAUAUCGCAUACUACCUCUGUUGAUCAAACCGCCGCGUAGCCAGGUAGACACAGAUAGAGGACAAGCAAACAGCGGGGGAGGCGGAAUUCCAUGCGGGUGGAAGGAUAGGCAGUCUAAAAGUCGCGUCGGUAAAUGCUGUCGACAAUCCAAAUGUCAUCGGCAGCUUCGAAAACGCGGAUAUGUGACGCUGCUCACCCUUCUCUUUCUUUCUCUCUCUCUCUCUCUCUCUCCCGCCCUUCUUUUCCUCUCUCUCCCCUUGUUUCCUGCUUCGUGUGGACUUCUCUCCCGUACUCUCCUUCUCUACCUCCACCUACCUUCUUAGGCGUUUCGUGGUUCGAUGGGAUGCCUUUGUACUCGCGAUUAACGGAUGGAUUGGAUCGACGGAGCAGGCACGUGGCUGAAGUAACGAGGGGACACAGACGGUUGCACCAACGACGGAAUGAUAUCCACUGUAUUUGGACAACGUUGGGGUAUAAUAACGCUGGGUCAUUAUCGCUGUAUGGAGACGGAAAGGUGAUCCAAAUACGAGCUGCUUUUAAUGCCUUCGUGUCCCCCCAUAAGGAGGGGGAAGGUGGAUGAAAAGUCAAAGAGCGAGCGAGAGCGGGGAACGACGGACAGGCCGUAUGUCCGCAUCAUCUGCGCCGACGAGAAGCACGUGUUUGCACUAUACCGAGGAGCAGGCACGUGUUUGGACGAACGAAGGGACAACGUGUUUACACUAGGAGAAAGGUGUGUGAAGCGCUGUGUCCAGCCGAUCGAGAGAGUGCCAGGAGGGUUUGGAAGACGGCUAGCGGGGUGAUUAUGUUUUUGUCGGCUCGGCGCGCCUUGUGUGUCCCGUCUGCGAAGAUUGGAGGGAAGAGUGCGGAGACUAUGAAUUGCUGCAAGGUGCGAUUGAUUUGGAGAGAGGUUGUGGAGAGGCUGCGAGUGAUGUGAACUCGUCCUCGCGUUCUGUUGUUUAGUAUAUCAUGAACGAAAGAGACUCCCUUUCCCCCCCCUUCCCCCCCCCCAAAACCACCCCCUUUUCAUGUUAUAAUGCUGAAUGUGAGACUGUAGGAAUCCAAAAUUUUCUAGUUUGUCAUUUUAUCAUUCACCCCUUGGGAAAGAUGUAAAUGUAGAGUUGUUGGGAGCGUCUGGCUUCGUUUGCCCGUGUUCGCUUUCCGUGAUGAAGAUGGACAAACGAUCGGGCUGUCUGUCUCCCUAAGUAAAAGAGCAGGAGCCCU